AUGGCGCCCGUACAACCCUCCCAAGAGGAGCUCGAUCGUCGAAAGGCAAGCAUCAACUCAGAAACAGUAACAAAUGUAACCUCCACCGACUUCCCUGGUCACUGGCCGGGCGAAGACAACUCCUGGUCGCUCUCAUCCUUUCGCAACACCUUCAACAUAAACAUCCACCGCAAUGAACCACUCGAAUCCUCCUUCUCCCUCGUCGGAAUUGACGCCUCAGUCGCUAACGCUUUCCGGCGCAUCAUGAUCGCGGAAAUCCCCUCCGUAGCCGUCGAAGCUGUCUACGUGCACAACAACACCUCUGUGAUCCAAGACGAGGUCCUGUGCCAGCGCCUAGGACUAGUUCCGUUUAGGGGGGGCAAAGAGGGGAUUCAGGAGUUUUUGAAAUGGCAUCCGAGGAAGAAAGAUGAUGGUAUGAAUACUGUCAUAGAAGAGGAAGAAGAAGAGAAUACGAAGUUCGAUUACAACACUAUCAUCCUCUCUCUCAAAAUCGCUUGUACUCGGAACAAAGAAGCAGAAAAAGGCGAAAGGGAUCCGUUGAAAGCAUACCACAAUGCUCACGUCUACGCGCGGGAUAUACAAUUCAAGCCAUUUGGACGACAAGAACAAUACUUUUCGGGAGAAGAUGCCAUUAGGCCUACGAAUCCCGAUAUCUUGGUAGCGAAGCUGAGGCCGGGACAGUGCAUUGAUGUUGAUAUGCAUGCGUUCAAGGGUGUGGGAAGUGAUCAUGCGAAGUUCUCACCUGUUGCUACGGCCUCUUAUCGACUUUUGCCAACCAUCACGAUUUUGAAACCGAUUCUAGGGCAGGAUGCCGAGAAGUUCGCUAGGUGCUUUCCGCAAGGGGUUAUUGGGUUUGAGAAAGUGGGCAAGAAGGAGGCGCAGAGGAAAGGGAGUGGGUAUGAGGGACACGAGGGGGAGAAUAAGGCUGUAGUGGUGGAUCCCAUGAAGGAUACGGUUAGCAGGGAGUGUCUUCGGCAUGAGGAGUUUGAGGGUAAGGUGAAGCUUGGGCGCGUGAGAGAUCAUUUUAUUUUCUCCGUGGAGAGUGUAGGGCAGUGGGAGAGUGAUGCUUUGUUUUUGGAGUCGGUGAAGGUGCUUAAGAUGAAGUGCGAGGCGCUGAAGCAGAAUCUGCAGACUAUGAAUAGAUAG